AUGCGUCGCACGCGCGAUCGCGUCGCGGGAGAACCGCACCGGGCGGUCGCUCGCAGCCCCGUCGGGGUCCUCCUCCUCGCGCUGGCGAUGCUCACCGGAUGCGCAUCCGCGGCUGAUCUGGCGCCCGCGGCCUCGGACGAGCCGCGCGUCGCGGGGCCGUCGCGCGGAGGGUUCAAGGAGGCGCUCGCGGCGAGCGCGCGCCCGAGCACGAUCGUCCAGACGGCGGCGUCGACGAUUCCGUCCGUGGCCGACCGCGCGGGUCUUCCUCCGCCGGCGUCGCGCGCGGUCACCGCGCGCGAGCGGUUACCCAGUGAGCACUCGCGCGAGUUUCUGGCGUGGGCCCGGCGCUACGAUAAGCUCCUGGAGUACUGCCCGGACGGCGCGGUUCCGUGCGCGGAGUCCCUCAGGCGCGAGGCGGUGUGGAGGAUAAACGCGCGGCACAUCGAGGAGCACAACAGGCGCUCGGGCUCGCUCAUGAAGAAAGGCCUGACGCGGUUCGCGGACAUGACCUCCGAGGAGUUCACCACGAACGCGGCGACGUACAGCACCCCGCUGCUCUCGGUGAGUUCAAAGGCGGAGCUUCGCGCCGAGCUCCCGGUCGACGUGCGACGAGGCGAACGAGCCGCGGCGUCGGCGAAGGAGCGCUACCUCGCGUCUCACGCGGCGGACGGAGACGGAACAUCCCUGUCGCUGAAGCUCGCGACGGACGCGGCGGCGGCGGCGGGCGAGCGCUUGCCGUCCGAGAGGGGGGCACACGCCGAGGACGACGGCCACGUGGAGGAUGGGAUAUUCGGAAGCGUCUUCCCGGCGUUGGGGUCUUCGAGGACGACGGACGCGACGAGUAAACGCGGGGAGAGGGCCGAACGGAAAGUCCGAAAGACGUCGAGAGGCGUCGACGUCGCGACGUCCGCGCGCCCCCGCGUGGGCUCCGCGCCGUCGUCCGGGACGUCCGCGAGCGAAGGCGCCGGUCCCCUCGGGACGAACCUGCCGACGCAUUUCGACUGGUCCGACGUCGUGGACUUUGGCGACGUCGUGCACCAGGGUAAGUGCGCCGGCUGCUGGGCGUACUCCACCGCCGCCGUGAUCGAGGCGGCGCGUUUGAUCGACGCGCGCGCCACCGCCGCGCGCUCGGGCGACGCCGACGCCGCAUCGCGGUUAACCACCGAGCGCCUGAGCCCCCACGCGCUCAUCGACUGCGACGACCUGGACCGGGGAUGCGCCACCGGGAACAUGGCCUCGGCGUACUCGUGGAUCCAGACGUCCGCCAAGGGCAUUCCCACGAUGGCCGCGUACCCGCGCCGCGGACGCGACGGCGUCUGCGACACAGCCGCGCUGGGCGCCAUCCGCGACGAAAACGUCGUUCGCACGGAAGGGUACUGCGACUUGCCCUCGCUCGGCGACGCCACCGAGGCGCAGACGUUACAGGCUCUCGCGCAGCAACCCGUCGCCGUCGGCGUCAACGUACACGCGCUGCAAUUUUAUGAGAGUGGGGUUGUUGACGUGCACGACUGCCCGCCCGCGUCGGACGAUCCACUCCGGGCGAUCAACCACGCGGCGGUGUUGACGGGAUGGGGCAAGGACGAAGCGACCGGUAAGUGGUACUGGAUCCUUCGAAACACGUACGGCGAGCACUGGGGCGAGGGCGGGUACGCUCGACUCGCGUUUGGCAAAUUACCCGGCACCAAUUUCGGGACGUGCGCUUUAUACACCGAGGGUAACUACCCCGUGCUCGGCGAUUUGCAGUGCACGGAGGGCGCCGUGCGCAAGGAGGCUGUGAAGCACGGGAAACACGUCUGGCUCUACCCCGGCGGGUACAACAUGGGCCCGAGGGACGCGAAGUGGCGGUGGCCGAGUUGGGAGGAGAUGAGGAUGAUGCUGGCGAGCGGGGGUUGGCCGGCGGGUAGCGAGGACGGGGUCGCGGCGGUCGCGGUGCUCGGGGUGGCGUGCGCGGUCAUCGUCGCCGCGCUCGUCGCCGCCAGGUACGGGCGUCGCGGCGCCGGGGCGGGCGUCGGCGGCGCCGGGGGUGAGGGGGGGGAAGAGGUCGAGGGAUUGCUGUCGGCGGCUGACGGCGGCGCCGCUUACGGCGCCGCCGCUUCGCCGUGACGCGUCGCUCGAACGCGGUUUAAAUCGAAUUAACGCGACUCUAGCGAUGUUUCCG